CGUCUCGCCAUUUGUCAACAAACCGCUGCACGUGGUUUUAUCGGGAGGGUUGUGCACUUUGUGUUAGUACAGUUGAAUUGUUGUGUUGUCUACAGAUACAAGCCAUGCCUACCGCCAACUGCGACGUCUGCAAGACGAGCGUCUCCAAGUACCGCUGUCCAACGUGCCUGUGGCGCUACUGCAGCUCCCAGUGCUACCGCGCUCACAAGGCGGACUGCAAGAAAUCAGAAAGCCCGGCAACGGCGCCCCGCGUCGAGCUGUGUCCUCCUGAGGAGAACGGACACCAUGUCGUCACCGAGGACACCGUUCCGCCCGAAAAGCUCGAGCUGCUCGGUCAUUCGGAGAACUUGAAGAAUCUCCUGAAAAACCCACAUCUGCGUCGCAUCGUGUCGGCUCUCGACGCAUCCCCGGACCCUCGUAGCCUCCUCGACCAAGCCAUGCGGGAACCCAUCUUUGUCGAGUUCGUCAACGUCUGCCUCCAGGUCGUCGGAGACUGAGAACGUCUUGGUUUCGUUUUGACAAGUUUUGCGGGUGGACAGUGCAACGAUCUCUGGAGAGGCACGUCACGUGACUGUUCCGUGACGUCAUGCAGUCUUUGUCGCGUUUAAAUAACACUAUAAAGCGCGCCAUGACUGGCUAUGUGAACAAA